UAUGUUAUGAGUUAUGAUAGUUUGAUGGUUAAUUAGUUUAUGGCAAUAGUAAUACCGGAAGCAGCAAUCAUGAGCAACGACCCCAACGAUAAUAAUAAUAGCAAUAUCAACGUGGUGGACGACAGCAGCAACCACGACAUGAGCAUCAGCAGCAGCAGCAAUGAUGACCACGAGCACGACGUGGUCAUGCCUGGUUUUCGGUUCCACCCUACCGAGGAAGAACUCGUGGAGUUCUACCUUCGCCGUAAGGUGGAGGACAAGCGUUUUAAUGUCGAACUCAUUACUUUCCUUGAUCUUUAUCGCUAUGACCCCUGGGAGCUUCCUGCCUUGGCAGCAAUUGGGGAGAAAGAAUGGUUCUUCUAUGUGCCGAGAGACAGGAAGUACAGAAACGGGGAUCGACCGAAUCGUGUUACGACGUCCGGGUACUGGAAGGCAACCGGAGCAGACCGUAUGAUUCGAGGCGAGAAGUCUCGAUCCAUUGGUCUCAAGAAAACCCUAGUCUUCUACUCUGGUAAAGCUCCCAAGGGAAUCCGAUCCAGUUGGAUUAUGAACGAGUAUCGCUUGCCUCACCACGAAACCGAACGCUACAAAAAGGCAGAAAUAUCACUUUGCCGGGUGUACAAGAGAGCCGGAGUGGAGGAUCACCCGUCGCUACCCCGUUCUCUUCUCACCAUGCGGCCGUCGGACUCGUCCAGAGGACAAUUGUCGAUGGAGAAGAGAUAUCCCCAAGAGGCAGCAGCUCAACAAGCCAUGGAAAAAAUAAGUGAAACCGAAGGAAGCAGUAGCACUAGUACUUCUGAUGUUACAACAACUCUUGGACUUUCGAAACGGAACGUAUACCGUCCGAUGGAUCCUCUUCCUAUCAGCACAACAUUAGGAAUACCAUCUGGAAUGGAAGGUGAAGGAAUGUUCUUAAACCAGUCAAAGCAAGGCUUCUGCUCUUUACUCCCCAAUCCCACUACUCUCUUCCAGCCAGGCCCUUUUUCCGUUUCGCCAAACGUCGUAGUCGUCGACGAUCUCCACCGGCUAGUAAGCUUCCAACAACAUACAUUGAACCAGCAGCAAUACUACAAUCCAAAUCAUCCCCAUCUACAUCUCCAGAAUCAUGAACAACAACAACAACAGCAACCGGAGUUCUCGACCUUGCCGCCACAAUCACAGGCACAACAGCUUUCUCUGAACGUGCUACCAGCCACAGAACCUAGUCCGACGGCCUUUUUGGGCAGGCUUUGGGAGUGGAAUCCGAUCCCAGAAGCUAACAGGGAGUAUAACAACCCUUUCAAGUAGG